AGAAACACGUCUGCAUAAUAAAUAGCAUUCAGAAUCUAUCGCACCGUGACCGAAAAAAUGCCAGACCCCGAUCCAGAUUCGUCACCGCCGAGCGGAUACCUGCUUCGGCGUGCAGGUGCGAAAGGCGGCGUGGGCGGGUGCACGCGACUCGAUUUCCCGGACCAAGUGGCACCAGCGCCGGACGCGGCAUCCUCGAGCCGCAGGCCUAUCUACGCGCCCAGGUCCGGGCUGGAAGGCUAUACCAGGCAAGAUCCACGGCCGUACAAGCGCCGAGCCCGUACAAGCCGGCACGGCCUUAGGCGACUACAAACUGAACAACUCGAGCGGCGGGCUCUCUUCCUGGCAGCAAUCCGCGCGAAAGGGCGCCCCCGGCCUCUUCUGGGUGGCGGAUCACUGGCGCCCCCGCUGGCCUGUGGCGCAGUGACAGCCAAGGGCCGAGCGCUAGGCCUGGUGGCUGCUACUAGCCGGACCGCGCCCUCGUGGCCGCUGGGGCAGGGCACGCCCGUGGGCGUGAGCUUCCCGCGCCCUUGCCAUAUUCCGGGUUCCCGCCUUCGCCUGGCGCCCCAACCAGCCGCAGCAGGCUCUUCAAGGGCCAACGGGCGCGGGCCCGGCUUCACGUGCGUGGUUGGCCCGUCGGUGUGCCGCUUCUUGGUGCGUAGGCCCGCCUUUUCCACUGCCCCUACUCUGCAAUGGCGCGACGGGGCCGAAAAGAACUUGCCGCAGCCUGUGUCAUC